GUGAUGGCGCUAGCGGCCCGAGGCCUCUCCCGGAGGCUGGGCUCCCUCCCGGCCGCCUGGGGCCGGGGUUCGUUCGUCUGGCUCUUUCUCAGCACCUUUUGUAUAGCUCCUGCCAGCGCCGUCCAGGUGACCGUGUCAAACCCCUACCACGUAGUGAUCCUCUUCCAGCCUGUGACCCUGCCCUGCACCUACCAAGUGACCACAACCCUCCCGAUGCCUAUUGUGAUGUGGAAGUACAAGUCCUUCUGCCGGGACCGUAUUGCUGACGCCUUCUCCCCGGCCAGCGUCGACAACCAGCUCAACGCCCAGGUGGCAACUGUUAACUCCGGCUACAAUCCCUACGUGUCAUGCGAUGACAGUGUGCGCACCGUCAGGGUCGUGGCUACCAAGCAGGGUGAUGCUGUGACCCUGGGUGACUACUACCAGGGCCGGAGGAUCACCAUUACAGGAAAUGCUGACCUGACGUUUGACCAGACGGCCUGGGGAGACAGUGGUGUGUAUUACUGCUCUGUGGUCUCGGCCCAGGACCUCAAAGGGAACAACGAGGCCUACGCAGAGCUCAUCGUCCUGGACUGGCUGUUCGUAGUGGUGGUCUGCCUGGCCGCCUUCCUCUUCUUCCUCCUCCUGGCCAUCUGCUGGUGUCAGUGUUGCCCCCACACCUGCUGCUGUUACGUCAGGUGCCCCUGCUGCCCGGACAAGUGCUGCUGCCCAGAAGCCUUGUAUGCUGCCGGCAAAGCAGCCACCUCGGGAGUCCCGAGCAUCUACGCCCCCAGCACCUAUGCCUACCUGUCCCCUGCCAAGACCCCGCCACCACCAGCCAUGAUUCCCAUGGGCCCUGUUUACAACGGUUACCCUGGAGAUUUCGACAGGAAUAGCUCAGUCGGUGGCCACAGCUCCCAGAUACCCCUGCUUCGUGACACGGACAGCAAUGCAACCUCUGAGGUCCGAAGUGGUUUCCGGAUUCAGGCUAAUCAGCAGGAUGACUCCAUGCGGGUUCUGUACUACAUGGAGAAGGAGUUGGCCAACAUCGACCAUUUGCAACACAUUCCCCACAAUGGCCGUGUGGAGCGAGCCCUGAGUGAAGUCACCUCCCUCCAUGAAGACGACUCACGAUCCCAGCCUUUCAGGGGCCCUGUUGUCACCCCAACCCGGGAUAAGGAAUGGGGUCGACGUUCCCCCCGGAGUCCCAGGAGGUGGGAGCAGGAGCCCCCAGAAGAAUUCCCAGGGGGUGGCUGGAGGGUCGGGCGGCCCCGGGCCCACUCUGUGGAUGCUUUGGAUGAUCUCCCUCGGCCGGACUCCACAGAAUCAGGGAGGUCUCCCCCAAGUAGUGGGAGGAGAGGCCGGGCCUAUGCACCCCCAAGAAGCCGCAGCCGUGAUGACCUCUACUGUCAAGAUGACUCAAGGGACUUCCCACACUCCUGGGAUCCCCACUGUGAGGAGUUCAGGUCUGGGGACCGCCCACACGCAGAUUCCAGGGCCCGCCACCAUCGCUCCCGGAACUCUCAGGACAGCGCCAGGUCUGGGAAUCCUCAAUAUGACAGGUGGCUGCUGGAGGAAGCCUUGAGGAAAAAGGCGGCAGGGGAAAGGAGGAGGCCGUACAAGGAGGAAGAGGGGGCCUACUACCAGUCAGAGCCGCCCCCUUAUACAGAGACUGACUCUCAGGCCUCGAGGGAGCGGAGGCUUAAAAAGAAUUUGGCCCUGAGUCGGGAAAGUUUAGUUGUCUGA